CACUUAAGAAAACAGGAGGGAAAAAACAUAGACCGUCAGAUCUCACUCCUCACUCUCCACUCUGCAUAUAUAGCCCUCACGAGGGUUUUAUUUGCUCACAGCCUCUCCUUGGUAUCACUUCUCUGUCUGUUGUACUUCUCACUCUACUCAGGAAAAAAUGAGAGAGAUCCUCCAUGUUCAGGGUGGUCAAUGUGGUAACCAAAUUGGUUCCAAGUUCUGGGAGGUUGUAUGUGAUGAGCAUGGCAUUGACCCAACUGGAAGAUAUAUUGGGACCUCAGAUCUACAGCUGGAGCGUGUAAAUGUAUACUACAACGAGGCAUCUUGUGGGAGGUUUGUUCCCCGUGCUGUCCUCAUGGAUUUGGAACCUGGUACCAUGGACAGUGUACGAACUGGUCCAUAUGGUCAGAUUUUCAGGCCAGAUAACUUUGUUUUUGGACAAUCUGGUGCUGGAAACAACUGGGCCAAGGGGCACUACACUGAGGGUGCAGAACUUAUUGAUGCAGUUCUUGAUGUGGUGAGAAAAGAGGCAGAGAACUGUGAUGCUCUUCAAGGUUUUCAAGUCUGCCACUCGUUGGGUGGAGGAACUGGUUCUGGAAUGGGUACUUUGCUGAUAUCAAAAGUUCGAGAAGAGUAUCCUGACAGAAUGAUGCUCACAUUCUCAGUGUUCCCUUCACCAAAGGUCUCAGAUACAGUGGUUGAACCAUACAAUGCAACUCUUUCUGUUCACCAGCUCGUUGAGAAUGCAGAUGAGUGCAUGGUCCUCGACAAUGAGGCUUUAUAUGACAUUUGCUUCAGGACCCUUAAGCUGACUACACCUAGCUUUGGCGACUUGAACCACUUGAUAUCUGCAACCAUGAGUGGUGUAACCUGUUGCCUCAGGUUCCCAGGUCAACUUAAUUCUGACCUCCGAAAACUUGCUGUGAACUUGAUUCCCUUCCCUCGACUCCACUUCUUCAUGGUUGGGUUUGCUCCCUUAACUUCCCGUGGUUCUCAGCAGUAUCGAGCACUGACCGUCCCAGAAUUGACCCAACAAAUGUGGGAUGCAAAGAACAUGAUGUGUGCUGCAGACCCAAGGCAUGGUCGCUACCUCACUGCCUCUGCCAUGUUCAGAGGCAAAAUGAGCACCAAGGAAGUUGAUGAGCAGAUGAUAAACGUGCAAAACAAGAAUUCUUCUUACUUUGUGGAAUGGAUUCCAAACAAUGUGAAGUCGAGUGUUUGUGACAUUCCACCCAGGGGACUCUCGAUGGCAUCAACUUUCAUUGGUAACUCAACCUCCAUCCAGGAAAUGUUCAGAAGGGUGAGCGAGCAGUUCACUGCUAUGUUCAGGAGAAAGGCUUUCUUGCAUUGGUACACAGGUGAAGGAAUGGAUGAAAUGGAAUUCACAGAAGCAGAGAGCAACAUGAACGAUCUGGUAUCAGAAUAUCAGCAGUACCAGGAUGCUACUGCUGACGAUGAAGGUGAAUAUGAAGAAGAGGAAGAGGAAGAGGAAGUAAUGUAGCAUAUGUGAAGAUGGUAUUUGGUUUGAAUUUGUCUGUAUAAGAAAGGCAUGCAUAAAUUGGUAGCGUGUUUAUGAAUUUGGUUGUUUUUCUAAGUCACCUUGUCUGUCUAUUAUUCAAUUUCAGGUUGAGAUAUUAUCGUUUGUAUUGAUAAUAUGCAGUUUGAAUUCUAUCUCUGAUCUCAGAUAUGAUUAAAUUCAGUUUGACCCAUUCAA